CAACAACGCCCAAGGCGCAGUUUCUUCGCGUGGAACACAAGCCCGCAACAGUCUCUGCUGGAAGAGAACAACAACAUCGGCAACUCCACCUGCGGCACAACCAAACUCGAUGCCACAGCCUCCGCUUCAGGUAUAGGCGACGACACAGCAACCUGCUCAAGAAGGAAACUAUGGUUGUUGCAACUUUUGUUCGUGGCUUACUCAGCAUCAUGCAACUCCGAAUAUAUGCUAUGUACCGGCGGACUAGGCGGAUACUCAUGAUAUUGGUCUUUGCUUUCUUUAGCGAGGUCCUUGACCGUCAUUGUAAUCAUCUGGAAAACCAUUGGUCCAGCAAGCCAAUUGUCACCGACGAGUCUUCAAGCUUUCCUGGGAAGCACCUGUGCACCUUCUCCGGGAUCAACACAGAUUUCACCUAUUUGUUCAUACCCGCCUUUUGCUUCGAGCUAUUGCUCUUCUUCUUGGCCAUUACUAGUAGAGUUUCUCUCAAUAAUAUGAGAGAAAGGAAGGCCACCCCUGGUACCUCCAGCUUGCGCGUAAAUUCAUGAGCAUGCUCGUGCGAGACAGCAUUUUUAUUUCUUCAUGUUAGCAUCAUCUUUUUUUCGUACGUUCCCAAUCACCAGUUGAUAAUUGAUCUAUCUAGAACCCUGGCGAU